CCGUGGUGCGUUGCAAAUGAACUGAAAUGUGUGAGCUACAGCCCGAAGCGAUGCGUCGACGCGGAGAAGCAUUCACGGGAGCAGAGGAUCCAAUUCAAGACCUGGACGAGGGACAGCUCUUUGAGCUGCUUGAACAAUGCAAGUUGUCAGAGGAUCUCUUGUCUCUGCUAGACACACAUCCCAUGUUGACGCAGAUCGAAGUGUCGGAAACACGACAAUGAAGUGAAGCUGGUGUGUAUCUCGGUAUAGCUGCCCUCCUGGCGACUAUGUCGAAUCUAAGAUUGAUCACAUAUUCACUCUACUCGAUCAGCCAUUCCAACUUAGAAAUCACCAUCCAAACCUCUCUUUUGAGGAUUUCGUCUAUCAAACUGGUCCUGCCUAGAGCAUCAUUUCAGGCUCCGGGGCCAUUUGCAAGCCUUCGAUAUGGCAGACUCCGAAGCCUGCUUCUGCAAGGGCUCGACACAAAUCAAGGAGACUUGCCUCCUGAUGUUGAAGCUCUUGCGCAGCCUAAACCUGAAAUUCAAGAACGAGACCUUUGAGGCGAUAGCAAAUGAAAUGGGUACAGAUGCCGAAUCGCUGUUCUGCUUGUAUCAACAGAUACGUCUGAGCAAGAAGCUUGCCCGGCAGCUUGGGUGUCGCUGCGCGAUUAACGAGGAGGAGCAGCUUCGACAGGACCGGAAGAAGCGAAAGCAUGAGAGGGCACAGAAUGCGGACGCGUCGAAGCAGCCUGCGAAGAGAGCGCGAAUUAUGUCUAAGGAGCGGCAAGACGGAUACAAUGCUACGGGUGCCAAUGCAACAGCUGUGGUUGUCCCGAGACUGCAACAACAGAAAGAAGGAAAAGAGAAAGACGGCAUCGUUGCAAGCUCUGUCCUUGAUCGUGGCGUGGACGUCGAUAUGGAAGAGAGCGCUGACAAUGACCAGGCUGUCUCUCAGCUCAUUUAACCAAAUCGAGGCCGACCACGAGCGCGCUCAAAAGACGUCCUUCGUCGAUAAGAACAGCAUUGCAUGACCGGCAGCUACUCGUCUCGUCUCGAUCCUUUGCGUUCUUGGAUCUUGAGAAGAUGGCCAGCAGGCUGCUUGGAAUUGGUAUGAUGGAAAAGCACGGCGUCCAAGGUCAUCAGCGACACCACAGUGCUGUCCCAUCUCGUCUGCAGGGCCACGGCCGUAUCUACCAAGCUGCCAAAUGCGGCUGGUCAGGAUGCUUUAGAUCAAACCUUGGAAUGGACCUGCUUCCGACCCGAG